AUGAGGGAGCCGCUGGUGGCCGGGGGGCGCGGUCGGAGCCCCUUCUUCUCGGCGCUCGCCGUGGAGCUGCUGCCCGGAGGCUUCGCCAGGGUCGGCGGGGCGGCGGGCUCCUGGACGAUGGUGUCGGACGAGGCGCUCGAGGUGCGCGGCGGCGGCCACGAGUUCCUGGCGUUCCUGGGCUUCGAGCAGCUGCCCGCGGACAACGGCGGGGACCACCUGCCCCUGUCGCUGCAGAGGAUGCACAGCCGCUGCGGCGAGACGGUACUCGGGUGGUACAACAAGGACAGCCGCGAACUGUGGGGCUGCUGGUACGGGCGCCGCAGCGCUGGCUCCUUCCUGCAGCAGCGCGCCGGCGCGGAAACGCUCCGCGGACGGCGUUCCCGCCAGGCGGUGCACGUCGCGGCCACGCCCAGUGUCUCGGGGGUCGGCUUCCCUGCCCUGUCAGCCGUAGAAGUUCCCAGUCGCCCCAGCCCGGCGAGUGCGGACGGCGGCAGGCGCGGCCUGGACUGGCGCAACGCCUCCGGCAGCCGAUGGGUGGACGAGCCCAUGGUGCAGGGCAGAUGCGGCAGCUGCUACGCCUCCGCCGCAUUGCAAAUGUUGUCCGCCCGCCACCGCAUCGCGUCUGGCGACCCGUCGUUGGAGGGCUUCUCCGUGGCAUUCCCUUUGUAUUGCGGCGAGUACACCGAGGGGUGCCGGGGCGGCUACCCGUUCCUGGCGGCCAAGUGGUCGCAGGACGUGGGCCUGGUGCCCGCCAGCUGCGCCCCCUACGCGCCUGAGGGCUCCUGUAGCGUCCAGUGCAGCGCGGGGCAGCUGAACGCCGGGACACGCUACAGGGCGUCAGGCCAUCGGUACGUCACCGGUGGUGAGGACGCCAUCAUCGAGGAGCUUAACCGGGCGGGGCCAGUUGCCGUUUCAUUCCGCAGCGACAAGGAGCUGCAGGACUACACAGGCGGCGUCUGGGAGCCGCCGCCCCUGGAGGGCGAGGAGGACGACGGCUUCGUGGCCCCGACCCACUCGGCCCUCCUUGUCGGGUACGGCUUGGACGGUAGCGACGGCCAGGAGGUGCCCUACUGGAUUCUGCAGAAUACUUGGGGCGCGGAGUGGGGGGAGCACGGAGCUUUCCGAAUCCGCCGCGACAUAGCGCGUGAGCGCGGCAUGGAGUCAUUGGUCGUAGCUGCAGACGUGGUGCCCGAGGACCGGCCAGCGAUCGUCGACAAGUUUCUCCAGCCGGCCGUUCCGGAGAGCGCGUCGCUGCUGAGUAUCGCGUCUUCACGUGCUGAGCGAGUAGCGACCAGGGGCCACCGCGGUCAGCCGUUGUGCAGGGAGGCGGCGGCGGUGCCAGGGGACGAGGCGAUCGUGGUGCGAGUGGACCUGGAGACAAAUUUUCGCGGCCUCAGCUUCGGUGACAGCGCUGGCACCGAGACCGCGGUGAGGUGUGUGGGCCCGACACCUGCUGGUUGCGCCGUCGCGGCGCCCGGGCAGCCCGUGCCGCCCUGCAGCGAGGUGGAGCCGUGCCCAUGCGAGCUGCAUGGGCAGCCGCUGCCCUAUCCUGGCAUGCAGGCGCUCGCCGACCCCAUCGUCGAGAUGUGCUCAUCCUCCAGCAGCCCGGUGCGCGUGCUUCUCGUGGGGCUCGGCGGCGGCGCCAUCUCCAGCUACCUGCUCGACCGCUGUCCGCCUGGGCGCCUGGCGCUGGAGAACGUCGAGAAGGACGCGCGGGUAGCGAGCCUGGCAUCGAAGUUCUUCGGGCUCGCCACGAGCGACGCCAACACGGUCGAGGUUGCCGACGGCCUGGCCGCCGUCUCCGCGGCCGACAGGGGCCAGUUCGACGCCGUCCUGGUCGACUGCUUCGCGGGGCACGACCGGGUGCCGCUCGGGUGCCGGUCGGAGGAGUUCUACCGGGCCUCCCGGGCGCUGCUGAGGGGGGAGGGUUUGCUGCUGCAGAACGCGUGGGCGCGGUCCUCUGCCAGCCCGGACGUGGCGGCGGACUUCAACGCCACGCUGGGCGCCUUCGGCGCCGCCUUCGGCCGGGCGCCCGCGCGGCAGGCGGUCUUCGACGCGCCGCAGUCGCUCGAGUACGUGCUGUACGGCCUGCAGGGCUGCCGGUGGAGCCCCCUCCUGCCGCUGGACGCUGCGCCGUGA